GUAGAGCCCCGAGAGGCCGGCCGAAGAGGCGCCACAUCCGGCGGCUGUCCCGUGGUGCAUAAAGCUGCCGCCGCCGCUACAACCUCCGUUGGUUCCCAGCAGCAGCUCUGGCCUCCUCUCUGCAGGAGCAGCUGCUCCAAUGCUCCAGAGCGGCCAUGAGUGCCCCGCACUGGUGGGACCAGCUGCGGGCUGGCAGCUCGGAGGUGGACUGGUGCGAGGACAACUACACCAUCGUGCCUGCCAUCGCCGAGUUCUACAACACGAUCAGCAACGCCUUGUUUUUCAUUUUACCGCCCAUCUGCAUGUGCUUGUUUCGUCAGUAUGCGACAUACUUCAACAGUGGCAUCUACUUAAUCUGGACUCUUUUAGUUGUAGUGGGAAUUGGAUCCGUCUACUUCCAUGCAACCCUUAGUUUCCUGGGUCAGAUGCUUGAUGAACUUGCAAUCCUUUGGGUUCUGAUGUGUGCUCUGGCCAUGUGGUUCCCCAGAAGGUAUCUACCAAAGAUCUUUCGGAACGACAGGGGCAGGUUCAAGGCGGUGGUCUGCGUCCUGUCUGCCGUUACAACGUGCCUGGCAUUUGUCAAGCCCGCCAUCAACAACAUCUCUCUGAUGACCCUGGGCGUCCCUUGCACUGCGCUGCUCAUUGCAGAGCUAAGGAGGUGCGACAACGUGCGUGUAUUUAAGCUGGGCCUCUUCUCCGGCCUCUGGUGGACCCUCGCCCUCUUCUGCUGGAUCAGUGACCGGGCCUUCUGUGAGCUGCUGUCGUCCGUCCACUUUCCCUACCUGCACUGCGUGUGGCACGUCCUCAUCUGCCUGGCCGCCUACCUGGGCUGCGUGUGUUUUGCCUACUUUGACGCCGCCUCCGAGAUCCCCGAGCAAGGCCCCGUCAUCCGCUUCUGGCCCAGCGAGAAAUGGGCCUUCAUCGGUGUCCCCUACGUGUCCCUUCUGUGCGCCAACAAGAAGUCACCAGUCAAGAUCACGUGACGGCGAGGCAGUGGCUGGCUUCUCUCUUUCCUUCCCUCGUGCACCUAGACUUCACUUGCUUGCCAGGGGGGUUCGCAGAGUCAGGGGUGCGGGUCUGUCCUUUUAGAAUUCUGUUCCCUUGGUUCCUAACAAGUGUGCCUGGACCACCAGGUCUCCCGGUGCGUGGAAGGAGCGGCUGCCUUGCCCUUUCCCGGGAAAGUAAGGGGAUGAGGGGCACUAGGUGUGUCUUCUCGGCGCCGCCUCCGGCUGCCGUGCCUGUAGGGCUGUGUCCUUCGUGGUGCUGGCACAGCAGUCCCGCAGGGGACCCAGCACUGCACGUGCCUCGCUUCCCGGUGAGAGUUCGCUCCAGACCCCACAGUUCCCAGGUGCUCUGGGAGCGGACUCCUCCUGUGACAGACGGAGCCUGCCUGCGCUGCACAAGACCCUCUGACUGCCUGAUGGGAGACGCCAGCGAUUUUCACUGGGGGAAACUCCUAAAAAUCGAAAGCAAACAGAUGGAGCACACACACAGGGCUUGUGGCUAAGGAGGCUGGUUUUCCCCCUCGCGGCUCAAUAACACAGGUUUUACAUCGUGUGUGAAUCCUUUUUCUGCUACCUCUGCUGAGAGAUGGAACCUGGACUUAAGAUCAGGGGGAAGCUAAUGAGAAAAACCGUCUAUGCCAAAAAGGACACUCCAUUGUAAGCCAUUCUUGAAGAUGAGCACAAUCUUUCAAUGCUGACAUUGCCCCACGCCCCAGUAACCUCCAACACACAGAAGAGCUACAGUGUGAGCAUUCCAUACGUAGACCUCCCCUCACCCCUUUACUGCUUGACCUCUGAGACACUGCCAAAGGCCUGUGACAAUUGUGGUGGGGGUCCUGGUUCAAAAUUUGGAGCAAACAUGAAGUUUUAGAAGCUCCUUCUCAUCAGAAGCCUCCUGUUUGCUGUCCUGUUCUGGAAGUCAUCCUCAAGAAUCUUGCUUCUUUCUCUGAUAUUUACAAUGGGAAUUACACUCCCUAUUCUCACAGUACGAGGUGCUUCCUGUGGUUCCUCUGAGCAUUUGACCACUUGGCUUUCCUUAAGUGCUGGCCGUAACUACCCACUGGCUGCUUUGGGUGCAGCAGGGCAGAUCUCUGGCCUCUGAGUUCCUCUCACUUAAAGUGACACUGGCUACGACUGCUUUCCUCUCCAUUGGGCUAAAUGGAAGAUUUGUUGUCAAGGUGUGAGGUGGGAUUUCAUGACCUCAGGGAUACUCAUUCUAAGUCAGGCAUCUCUUGCUCUGCAACAUUCCACCAUGGGAGAGGGCAGGACAGAAGUGUCCUCCCGUCUGUGGACAGGAAUCAUCUCAUUGUCCUAAGUACUAAAGAGUUUGGCAGUAGGAGUUUUUUGACAUGUCCAGAAAGUCUCUGGUUAGAAUUUGCCCGGGAUCUAAGGUGCAAAGUCCAAUAAGCAACUGAAUUUAGAGUUUAGAAAUGAAUGUCUUUAUUCUAUUUCUGUGGUUUUCAGAUUAUUUUAGCAGCAACCCUGGUUGCAGUAAGAAAUCUUGAUGGAGCCCUAAUGUGUGAAAUAGGUUGUAUUAGCUUAAAUUCAUAUUGAGGUUAAACUUACAGUAUUUCCUGAGUAAUAUAUAAGGCAGUGCAAAUGCAAAUUAAAUGGGUGGCCUCCAAGGUAGAAAAAUUUGAUAUUGAAUGAGUGUAUAUGUAGCUUUAUUAUAGUUAAAAAAAAGAUUUGAAUUAAAUGCGUAUGGAACCUCUAAUGUACCUCUCUGAGGCCUUGGUGGCUCGUGGAAGAGAAUUGGAAAACUGAUGUUAAGUUGUUUGGGUUUCAAGGCUAGAAUUUUUUUUUGUUUUUAAAGGGAAGUGUCAGACCGUCCUUACUUCAAAUUGACCCACCAGGCAAGGAGUCUGUUCUCAGCUUUUACCCAUUCUGCAGUAUAAAAAUGCUCCAAGUAGGGAGCUUUGACGUAUCUUAAGCCCAGCUCUUUUUAGUGUGGCAAAGUAAAUAAGGAGAAGCCGAGAGUGUAGGAAAUGUUUUUUGUGUGUGAGAUUUAAUUUCUGUUUUGAAAAUUCUUCAGUAAUGGGAGCACGGUCCCAGCCAUUCAGGAGGACCGUGUCUCCCCAUGGUGUGAAGGGCCUGUUCCCUGGGGGACAGCAUUCCAGCUCCCAAAGCUUUGACCUUGCCCUUCCGGAAGGUUCUCAGUGUCCUUCGGAAAUAGGGAUAACAUGUGACUGCCCGGUGGAAGGGAGUACCCUAACUCAUAAACUAUUUCUGACCCUCUUUGAUAAGACCAAUGACUAAGCUCAGUUUCAGAAGGAAUGCUUUAUGAAAAACAGAACGCCUUUCUAGAGGUUGGCUUUAAAGGGAUGAGGGCUGAGAAGGAAAGGGGUAUAUCUGAAGACAAAACAUAACUACUUCUGAACAGAAAUCACUAUCGCUUGCCAGCAUGGGAUGGUAAAUCAAGGGAGUAGGACUACACCAGUCUGAUUUUAAGUUAGGUUUAUGGCAUCAUUCAUAUUGAUAUUUACAUUUAUAUUUAUAAUGCUUUUAUGUAUAGCACUACAUGCUUUUUAAAGAAAAUGGGGAUAUUACAGAAAAGUUGAAGAAAAAGUAAUCGAUUUCUAUAGCUCAAGGACAACCAUUGUUAAUAUAUUUUUGUUUAUUUCCUUGUCUCUCCCCCCCAGUAUAGUUGUAAAUAGGUAUCUUUUAGAGCUGACAGUUGAUCUGGUAGCUUAAAUGGAAUAUAAAUGCCAGUUGUACAUUUCUCAUGAAGAGCUGGUUUUGGAAUAUACUAGAGUUAGCUAUACACUGAAUGUUCAUCACUGGAUUCUAAGACUUACUACUGAGUCUUCCCUUUUAAUGAGCCUCACGUGAAUGGCCCUAAGAAAUAAUGAACUGAAUUCUAUUCUUUGAUCUGCUUCUGCACUUAGAUGUUAAAGAUAUGGUUCUACAGGUUUUGAUGUUUUCAGAUUUUUAAAAAAAUGAAUAGCUUAUUUCAUUAAUUGAUGUGCAAUCAAGAAUCUCCCCCCCGCCCCAAUUCAGGGAAGUGGCGAUUUGAUAUUUAGGAGUUAGGUCAUGGCUGUUACUCAGCAUGGCUAUUAGAUACUUGGUUAGAAUUUGCCUAAGAUCAAUACCCAACAGGAACUGGAUUUAGGAUAUUAGAAAACAAUGUUACCAAGUGGUCAUUUAAGUCAAUGAUUCUUGUUUUAUAGAGUUUGAUGAUUUUCAGAAAAAACAUUGUCUCCCCUUUAUUAUAAUAGAAAACAAGCACUUCAGUGAAUAUAUUUAAGGUGCUUGGGGUGAGCUAUCUGAAUCUAUUUGGUAAUAGGCCACACUCUGGGGGACCUCUGUGCCUGUCCCUCUGAAGAGUGCUUAAAAACAUUCAUUAUGGAUCAAAGGCGUUAUGUUGAGGGACUAAGCCUGAUGGUCAUCAAGCACAGGCUUUCCCAUCACCUAUUCUCCUUGCUGCAUUUCUCAGGGUGUAAAACCUUCUCACUAGUUCACCAUGCUUACCUGAGCUGGUGCCCUGUUGGAGGCUCCAGGACCGGGAUUUGAGCCUUCCCUGGCUCUUUAUCCCCUGGGGCUGACAUGGAACCAUCUCGGGGGACAGGUGAGGGCUGAUUGCUGGGCCGGGCCCCUCUCAUGGUUCCUUUUCCCCAAGUGAACUGGGAACCUUGGCUGGCCAGCUCUUCAACUGGUGCUGCUGGUCUAGCUGGUCAAAGACAUCUCCGGCCAGGCUGGGAUUCUCAAUGGAUUUUUUUAAACAGACAUCAUUCUCCUACAGACUUUUUUAAUGGCCCCUACUCUAAGGGAUUAGUUGUUUGAAUUAUAUCUUUCCUUAUAUGUUACACCAGAUUUAAGACUAUUUUGUAACCACAAUAUGUAGUCAGAGCACAGAGUGUUUUCAGACAUGCCUUGUUUUGUACUUCAUACAGGGUGUGCCGUGUAAGGGUGGCGCCCAUUGGCUGUGGUAGCAUUUAAUUGCAUUGCCAUGGGAGUGAUUUAAGGCCUUUAGAAUUGGAGCUUUUGCACUUUAUGCUCUUUUUGUGAACUGACCGUGAUAGCUACCUUUGAUAUUAAAGCCAUAAGUGGCAUUUUCUGUGAA